AUGCUGCUCCUCUUUCUAUUGCUCGCUUCUUUCCCGAACUUUUCUGUUGCCUACCAUCAUGACGAGGAGUGUUCGGUGGCCCUGCAAGUUCCGAAAGCUGAUAUUCCCACGACGACCAUGAUGACCACGACAAAGCCACGACAUGCCUUCUUUCAGACAGCUACAGCAAGUGAGAAGAUUGGAGAGCCAUUCACAGCAAAGAAUGCGGCUGAGGCCUUGCUGACGGCAACGGGGCAUCUUCGAGAGCAAAAUGUCUUGAAGACGGACGACGAGUGUAAAGAGUGCCCGGAUCCGGAGCCUGGCAAGCGCGCGGAGUGCUGCGUCGUGUGGAUGCAAGAUGAAGUAGAAAAGAAGCAGUCAGACCUUGAUCUGGUGGGUGAGAUGAAGAAAGUAAUUGAGCUCAGGGUUACGUUUAAGCAUGAGGUCGGCUUUAAUGCUGACCUGCUGCGCUAUGUACGCACACUACAUUUUGACAGUGCCGACGAUCGCUACCAGUUCUUGGACAAACUCAGAAAGGAUGGGAUCUUCGAACAGAGCCAGCUCAUGUCUUUGAAUCCUUUUCUCAUGCCGACCGCGAAGGACGUGCAGCUGACCUCUCGGUUGCAGCAGAAGGCAUGGAUUGAGCAAGGGAAGAAGCAAUCCAGCCAAGAGGGGGAGAAAGCCAGGAAGGAGGAACUCAGCAAGAAGCUGCAGGAACUUGAGGCCAAGAACAAGGACACCAAGGAGCAGAUGAAGGCCUUCUACGAAGCGGCACGCUCCGAAGCUAAAGCAAGCCGAACAGGACUAGAAGAAGAGGCAAAGAAGUUGCAGCAGGAGAUGGCCCAGAGGCUCGAGAAGCUGCAGCUGGAUGCAUCCGACACAAGCAUGGAAGACAUCCGGAAACAGAUGUCCCAACUCACCGAGAGUUCUGGCUAUUUGGGUGGGAUGAACUUGCCCAUGGUAGGACUGUUGCAUCACAUGGGUGUCUUUCGAGGAGUCGACCUCCUUGCUGACGAGAUGGCAUUGGGCCAGCACUCCCAGGUGGUGUCCCUGUCUCCCGAGCUGGCCAGCAUGGAUGAUGAGCAGCUGCGACGAGCUCUGCAGGUCGCACCGGACAUUGCCCGUGAGUUCACCGUUGAAACGGAGGCCGUCUCCGACAUGCAAAAAGUCUCCACGAGGCUGGAAGCCUUUGGGACGAGCUCUUUUCACUCGAAGAGUUGGCAGCAUUCGAUCUCAGCAGGUGGUGGGAUGCCUCUGAUCUUCUCGGUGAAUACCAACGGUCAUUGGUCGGGUACAGAGUCGACGGGCGACGCGACAGAAAACAGAAGCGAGCAUGGACAUCAGCAACGGGACAAGGUGAAAUCACGUCAAAAGAUGAAGUGCUACGAAGAGCCCAAAGCUCGAAUUAAUCUUGAUCACUUCAUGCUGGUGCCUUCCAGAAGCUUCAGCACGGCUGUUGCUGCCAUCAGUCAGGAGUUGUGCCGGUCUGAAGACACUAACUGUUCCAACUUCGAUAGCAUACAGGAACUCCUCUGGACUUAUGGCUCGCAUGUGUGCCCUCAAGUGGUCCUGGGUGGGCGCUGGACGAUCACGGCCCUUUAUGCAAGCAGAGAAGCAACCGACAAGGAUGAUGUCUCAGAUAUGCUCAGCAAAGCCAUUGAUGAUGUUUCGGCACAUGCUCGUGGCGGUGGCGUCGGUGCAUCUGCGAUUUUUGACGCCUUCCAGCUGGGCGGAGGCUAUGCGGGUGAAGAUCAGGAUGGGAACUCGACGCACAGUCACAACUCUAACGGCUCGCGGAAGCUGGAGCAAGAGGCAGCCAGCAAUUCGCACAUCCGAGUGGAGCAGGUGUGGACUGGCGGCUCUUCCGGCUUGGGCCCAGACGGCUGGCGAGAGAGCUUGGACUUCGUGAAGAAUUCCAACUGGAAGGUGAUUGACCGAACCUUGGCGCGCUGCUUUGGAAUUUGGACCUGGGUGGAUGACAGACCGACGAGCGAGGCCAUCUGCCAACAAUGGGUGGCCCAGCUCGGGCAGAUGUACAGCUCGGAUGUGGCCGGGGCCAUUGAGACGGCUGCCCUUUCCAUGCCCGACUUUCCCGCCCAGGAGGUGUGUCAGCACACGCAGAAGAUGAGAGACUUCACUGAAAAGGCGCCCGUCUUCCGGUCCCGCAUCCUCAAUGCGAUGAGCACUUGGCUCUUCGCAACCAAGUGUGGUUCUUCGAGGACGGUCGCGUCGUUAUGUAGGUAG